AGUUGCUUACACAUUCUCAAAAGGACUUCGGUUCGCAUUAAGGGCUUAUAUUUCUCUGUCUCCAAAUUGUUGAGAAAAUAUCUGAACUCGAGCAAAAUGGCGCAAUCAGACACCUCGUCAGAAAACAGUGAGAAAGGUAGCAAGGCUUUACGAGUCGCCUUCACAGUGCUCAAAAUUUUGGCCAUCCUUGGUCUUUUGUAUCUGUUUAUUUGCUCCCUGGAUCUCAUGUCGGUCUCUUUCCGGCUUAUUGUUGGAAAAGCUACAGGUCUGUUGGCUAACGUCGAGGCCUUCAACAACCCAAUGAUCUGUCUCAUGAUUGGUAUCAUUGGAACAGUGGCUGUUCAGAGCAGUUCCACUUUCACUUCCAUCAUCAUUUCUCUGAGUGCUUCAGCAGUCCCUGACCCAAGUAGCGGAUCGUAACGAGUUUCGGCGAUCCUUUGCCGCUGCGACCGUUCAUGACAUGUUCAAUUGGUGUGCAGUCAUUGUUUUGCUUUCGUUAGAGGUUAUAUGCCACCCUCUGCAAUUGGUUGCUGAAGGUGUGGCACACGGAAUUGUGCCUUCCAAUGCAACAGAGAUAAAAAUUUUAAAGUAUAUCACCGAGCCAUUCACGGAUUUGAUUGUUCAGAUUGACUCCGAUGUUCUCAACGAUUGGAGUACGAAUAUCGAAAACAAUGCCACUACUCUCCUGGAAGACUGCGAUGCCAAGGAUUGUUUCUACUUAUUCGAGCUCUUCGCUUCUUUGCCUGAUUGGGCUCUGGGGUUGAUCUUGGUGAUAGCGUCUUUGAUCAUCUUGGUUGGGUCACUUAUGAUCAUGGUCAAGAUUCUCAACUCUCUCUUACAAGGUGCUAUUGCUGUGGUGAUCAAGAAAGUGCUCAAUCCCAGAUUUGAGUCCAAAGUGCUCAAUUACUUGUAUGGCUAUUUGAACAUCGUGGUGGGAGCUUGCUUGACAUUUGUGGUUCAAUCGAGUUCCGUAUUCACCUCCACACUCACACCUCUAGUGGGCAUUGGUCUCCUCGAAAUUGAAACGUGUUAUCCGCUCUUUCUUGGCUCCAACAUUGGAACCACCUCCACGGGAAUGUUAGCGGCCUUGGCCACGUCCGUCAACUUUGACAAGGCCAUCACUGUCGCAUUCGUUCACCUUUUCUUUAAUCUCAUGGCAAUCGUCUUGUUCUACCCGAUUCCCUUCACCAGAAUUCCAAUCGACUUGUGCAAAAUUUUGGGCAAUACAACCGCCAAAUAUCGAUGGUUCGCCUUCGUGUAUCUGGUGGGCAUGUUUAUUCUCCUCCCAAUCUACGUGGUUCUUAUCUCCCUCAACAACAUUGUGUUCAUCAUCAUGUUUACUAUCUCCAUUCUCAUUUUGGUGUUUGUGAUUGUGGUGAAUGUCCUACAACGCAAAUCUUGGGCAAAAAAAUCUUUAAGCAAAGUCCGUCUGGACACUUGGGACUUUCUGCCUAAAUGGAUGCAUUCCCUCGGCUAUUGGGAUAGAAUAUUUUCCAAAAUUGACGCUUGUAGUAAAUACCGCGACAAAGAUGUGAAAUCCGAGCGUUCAAAAAAUUCAACAUUUGAAGAUAUUGAUUUGGAAAAUGGAGAGACCAAUGAAGGCUUUGAAAAAGACCAGAACGAAGGUCAAAAAGCUUCAUAA